AUGUUAAUAGAUGUAAACAGGAUCAAUCAAAGUGAUUCAAAAGUUAUCCAAAGCAAGAGCUAAUAAAGAGAUAAAAUUAGGAGAUCAUUUGAUUCCAAACUAACUGCCUAUAUUGAAUCUACUUCUGAAUAGAUAGCCAGAAGUUGUAUCUUAAGAAAAUCACUUAGUGAGUAAGUAAUUAGAGAAAUAAUAGAUAAUAAGAUCGAAAUCUCACAGAAAAAUAGUCUGAGAUGAGAAGAGAAUAAGAGAAGAUCAGAUAGGAUAAUAUCAGGAUUAAUCAAUAGAUUGGCAUCCCAAAAAAAAUUUUCUUAAAUUUAAAUAUUUGCCAAAUUUUGGAUUUCUGA